GGCUCAAUUUGCAGGUGACACAGGGCCCAUUGCGACACUAGCACCACCGCUUCCGGCGCCUAUGCAGCAGCAGCGCGUGGAGCAGCUAGAGGCAGGCAUCUUAGCUAUCUCCGUCAGUUAUCUUCUCCACGAAAUUGGCGAGAAUAACCAGCUUGCCGAAGAGCGCUUGGCGCUCGAGGAGCUGCCACAAGAUCCCGACCUGUUCGACAAUGACCAUAUGCCGACCGAAGUCAGUCUCUACUGCUCGUGGGAGGCGUGGGAAGAGGACACGGCUCACUACGACCCAACCGAGUGCGGCUUCGGUGAGCUGUUUGUCUAUGCUUCGUGCCACUGGACCGAGCACUUUGGAGCCGUCUCAGCUGCGUCUCUCCUCCCAAGCGUCGCCAAAAUUGAGGUUUCGUGCCAGGCUGGCUCGACGCGGUUGCACAGCUCGAUCGCGCAGAACUGUCGCCCAGAUUGUGCGACCAAGCCCAGGCUCGCAUUCGACAGCAGCCUGUAUGGCGCGCUCAGCAUCACUUCUCUCUACGGCUCGGAGGCCAUGCUCCAGCGCGUGCUUGACAAGUCGGAUUUAGACGGUCUGGGAGAUGCAUUUCUCCCCAGACCGGUCAUGAAAGCUGCAGACCAGAGCCUACCCCAAAUAUGCAAUAAAGAGAGGCUGAAGCGAGACUAA